AUGUUCUUCUUCGGGCUCGGUGGGCUGUUUACUGUCGCGGUACUCCUCGUCAAUGCCAUAGCAAUCCUCUCCGAGGACCGCUUCCUCGCGCGCAUUGGCUGGACAGCAUCUGCAGACCCCGGUUUCGGCCGCCCUGGCGAUGAUGCCAGUAUAAAAGCGCGAUUGAUCAACCUUGUCUCCUCGGUACGGACUCUCAUGAGGUUACCCUUGAUGUUAAUCAACACCCUCAUGAUAGUCUACCUACUAGUUCUCGGUUGA